AUGCCUGAGUCAACAUCAAGAUACUCGUUUGAGAGUAUUGCUCUGGACUUGAGCGAUUGUAUUGGGAUUGAAAGCGGUGUUGAUUUGAUUAGUAAUGUAGAUUUAGGUGGGGUUUCUUCUGGUGGUGGUAUAAGUGGUGGUGUUACUACUGCUGGGGAGAGGAGCGGCGGCGGCGAACGGUGGCCGGAAAAAAUGGAGAAGGAGUUUCCGCCGCCGAUUCCCUGGUUGGCCCGUACUGAAAACCUGCCUUGUUUCAUGAAACGGUAUUACACCGAUGACGGGAGAUUGGUCAUCGUGGAGGAGAAAGUCCAGAGGCAGGAUUAUUUCCGGGCAGACCGUUCUGAUGGCCGCCUCACUCUCCGUCUAAUCCCCAUCAAAGACGACGGAGAAGACGUCGUCGCCGCCGAUGAGGAGGAGGAGGACGGCGGGGUUGGGAGGGUUGUUGGCGGAGAAGAGGGAGGAGGUUAUGAUCAAACGGUGGUUGUAGGAGGGGAAGAAUCGAUAAUGGCGACGACCAAUCUUGGAAAUGGAGUGGCGGUGGUGGGCAACGGCGGCGGCGGCGGCGCCGGGGGUGGGAAUAUGUAUCAUCAGUACUGUAAUCUGAGUAGGAAUUCUUGUAUGUUUGGUGGAGGAAGUGGGGUGGCGGUGGCAGCGGUUAGAUCUGUUCAUACAUAAGCUUAUUCUUCGGCUUAUGGAUAUAUACAAUUAUACAUGCAUUACUAUUUUACUGCUGUCCUUUUUUAUGUUAAAAAGAGGAUAUACCAUAUUUUGACAGUAAGGAAGGGGAAGGAUUAAAAAAAAAGAUAAUUCAUGAUUUAAUUAUUUUUCUUCGGGUAAUUCUUGAUCUGAUCCAUUUAAUUAGAGGUUUCAAAAUUGGGGCAUGUUUUGGGGGAGUUGGGUUUGAAUUUGAAACGUAAAUUGCAA